AUGGGCAAGAGCAAGAUGGACGAUGCCGCAGCCGAGCGGAUCCGCCGGGCUCGCGGGGACAAGGAUGGCUUCUCCAAGCGGGCGGCAGACGCGGCCCGGCGCAAUGAUGGCCAAGACCAGCAUGGCUCUUCGUCCAAGAGCAGCAGUGUCGGCAGCAAAUCCGAUCGUGAGAGCGGCGGGGAGAAGAAGUGA